GGCUGUAAGGUAACCGAAACCCAACCCCACUUCUAUUAUUAUUAUUAUUAUCAAAGAGAAGAAAGAGAAACAGGAAGAAAGAAUAGAAGCGGUAGAAGAAGAAGAAGAAGAAAAAGAAACAGAAACAGAAACAGAGUAACAGAUUCUUCUCCUAACAAAAGUGAUAUUUGCUCCAUAAACCAACAAACUGCAAAUAAAAAAAAUAAAAAAGAAAGCUUACAUAAAGCAAGAAAAAAUAAAAAUAAAAAGUGAGGUUGGGUUUUCUUUUCUUGCAGCCUCUGCUAAGCAUCUUUUUCUUUUCUUCACUUUUCCCCUCUCUAAAAUCUUGUUCUUUUUCAAUAUAAUUAUUAUAUGUCACUACUCAUUCCUUCCUUGUUCUUGGAAUUUUUUUACUGUUUCUGACUUUGCUUUUUGUGCUUUGUUUGCUUCCUUCCUUCUUUCCUACCUCACCUAUAAUUUGCAUUUGCUUCUUGUUUUGAUCAACCUUGAUGGGUUUCUCGUCUUCUUCUUCUUCUUCUUCUUCUUCCUCUCUGGCAUUGUUUGAUUUAAUCAGAAAAAAGUUCGGUUGCUUUUUGUUAUAGCUUCCAAGCUUAAAUUUUUAUUUAGAAUUCAGUUGGAAAAUUUUGUUUUUCCUCGUAUUCUUGUUCUGAUCCCAACUGUGUUUGGUUUUGUUUGAUCAGUUAAAGCUUCAAACUUAAGAUUUAUCUAUGACCAUAUAAUAAUCUUCAAAUUUUCUUUCACUUUUAUAUUUCUCUCUCUUCAUGGUCUGAAUUUGUCUACUUUUUUUUUCCUUCUUCUGAUCUUCAUUUUUCUAUCCCUGUUAUUCUUGAAAUUCCUUUCUGGGUUUUUGAUCCCAUGGGACUCUGUCAUGGAAAACCCAUUGAAAAUCGCCAAACUCAAUUCGAAACCUCAAUAGUUCACGAAGGAAAUGAGGAUGCGUCUAAUUCUCAGACCAGAAAGUCCUCAAAUUUCCCCUUUUACAGCCCAAGUCCUCUUCCCAGCCUCUUCAAGAACUCUCCGGCCAACUCAAGCGUUAGCUCCACUCCUUUGAGGAUCUUCAAGCGGCCAUUUCCACCACCGUCUCCGGCAAAGCACAUUCGGGCACUUUUAGCCCGCCGCCAUGGCUCGAUCAAGCCCAACGAGGCCUCAAUCCCAGAAGGGAGUGAGUGUGAGGUUGGGUUGGAUAAAAAUUUUGGCUUUUCAAAGCAUUUUGGAGCCAAUUACGAGCUUGGGGAAGAAGUGGGACGAGGGCAUUUUGGGUAUACUUGCUCAGCUAAAGCAAAGAAAGGGAGUAUGAAGGGCCAAGAUGUGGCUGUCAAGGUUAUUCCAAAAUCAAAGAUGACAACAGCAAUUGCCAUAGAGGAUGUAAGGAGAGAAGUGAAGAUACUUUGUGCUCUGUCGGGACAUAAGAACUUAGUGCAAUUCUACGAUUCCUACGAAGAUGAUGAAAAUGUUUAUGUAGUGAUGGAGCUGUGUAAAGGAGGUGAACUGCUGGAUCGAAUACUUUCAAGGGGUGGCAAGUAUUCAGAAGAAGAUGCAAAGGCAGUUAUGGUGCAGAUUUUAAGUGUGGUUGCUUUCUGUCAUCUUCAAGGUGUAGUUCACCGAGACCUCAAGCCAGAGAAUUUUCUUUUUGUAACAAAGGAUGAGAAUUCCACGCUGAAGGCAAUUGAUUUUGGACUCUCUGACUAUGUAAAGCCAGAUGAGAGAUUGAACGAUAUUGUUGGAAGUGCAUAUUAUGUAGCUCCUGAAGUUCUACAUAGGUCAUACGGGACAGAAGCAGACAUGUGGAGUAUUGGUGUAAUUGCCUACAUCCUUUUAUGUGGAAGUCGACCCUUUUGGGCCCGAACUGAAUCUGGCAUUUUCCGAACUGUCCUUAAGGCAGAUCCCAGCUUUGAUGAAGUCCCAUGGCCGGCAUUGUCUUCUGAUGCAAGAGAUUUUGUAAAGAGAUUGUUGAACAAGGAUUUCCGGAAGAGGCUGACAGCUGCUCAAGCUCUAAGUCAUCCUUGGUUAGCUGAUUGUCAAGAUCUAAAGGUGCCAACGGACAUGAUAGUGUUGAAGCUUGUAAAAACUUAUAUUUGCUCUUCUUCUCUGCGGAAAUCAGCAUUAGGGGCUCUUUCAAAGACGUUGUCAGUAUCUCAUACAGCUUAUUUGAGGGACCAAUUUAUGCUUUUAGGGCCAAACAAAAGUGGAUUCAUCUCUAUGCAGAACUUUAAGACGGGUGUCCUAAAGAACUCCACUGAUGCCAUGAAGGAUUCUCGGUCCACAGAUUACAUUCACAUGAUUAGCUCCAUUCAAUAUAGAAAGUUAGAUUUUGAAGAAUUCUGUGCUGCUGCCAUAAGUGUACAUCAGCUGGAAGGAAUGGAAACCUGGGAGCAACAUGCAAGGCGAGCCUACGAACUAUUUGAGAAGGAUGGAAACAGACCAAUUAUGAUUGAAGAACUCGCAUCGGAACUUGGACUUAGUCCAUCAGUACCCGUCCAUGUAGUUCUCCAAGACUGGAUUAGACAUUCCGAUGGGAAGCUUAGCUUUCUUGGUUUUGUCAGACUUUUACACGGGGUUUCUUCCCGCUCAUUUCAGAAAGCUUGAAACCAAACCUGGGUACCAAGUGUAAUUUCUUAUCUUCCACACUUUCAACCUCGUUGGCCUGAUAUGUGUCAAACAGAACAAAAGCGCAGUCUAUUUGAAAACUUCUUCAACAUCAAAUGACCCAGCAUUUUUCCUGGUCCCAAAGAGUGAUGCUGCAAAGCAAGAAGUACUUACUGCCAAUAUGGCAAUUGUUGCUGAUGAGUCCAUAUAGCAUGUUCUCAAGUCAGUGUUUUUCCUCGUUUUUUAGUUUCUCCUUUCUGAAACUUACAUAAGGGUUUGCUUCCUGAUUGGUGCUGUUCAAGUUUAGAGGAUUGUACAGAUGAGAGUUGUAGAUCAAAAAAUGUAUUUAGGAUUAAGCAAGCUACUUUUUUAAAUUUGAGCAAAUUUCGGGUUCGUCCCUGUCUUAUCAUACUGCCUGCACUUCUCUUUAGUUUUCUUGAAAAAGAUAACAAAACAUGUGUUAAUGGAGAGAUUUUUAUUAAAUAUUAAUGCCAGAUGAUUUCGUGGUA